UCUAAUAAUAAAGAGGUAAAGGAGAAUAAAGAGUGAAUUAAUGCGAACGGUAUUUGUAAAAAUAGUACUGCGUUUAUCAAGUCCUCUUUGAAAAAAAAUGUGUGGAGUGGGAUUGAUAAAAAGGGUGGGGAGGCCUGUAUAGAUAUUAAAAUUGUAUGAAUUAACUGAUUCAUUGUGACGUCAUUUUCAUUUCUCUACGAAGAAAACCCCAAAACGAUUUCUUGCAAAUUCCCCAUUAAUGGAAGAAACGAAUUCGAAGAAGAAGAUCAACUGUACGGAGGGAAGCAGCAGCAGUGGUACUGGAAGCAGUAGCAGUAGCGGCCCAUACGACACCGUAUGGGAGUGCGUCAUCCCGUACGUCAACGACCCGCGCGAUCGCGCCGCCGCGUCGCAGGUGUGCAAGCGGUGGUACGCGAUCGACGCCAUAACCCGCGCGCACGUGACCAUCGCCUUCUGCUACUCCGUCACUCCUCAGAUUCUUUCACGCCGUUUCCCCCAGCUCGAGUCCCUCAAGCUCAAAGGCAAGCCACGCGCCGCCAUGUUUAACCUAAUUGACGAAAAUUGGGGCGGCUAUGUUGCGCCGUGGCUGAAUCAAGUCGCCAUCGGUUCCUUCCCGAAGAUGAAGGCGCUCCAUUUUAGGAGGAUGAUUGUGUCGGAUGCAGAUCUCGAGACGCUAGCCAACUCAAGAACUGGCAAAUCUCUUGAGGUUUUGAAGCUCGACAAGUGUUCGGGUUUCUCUACGGAUGGGCUGCUGCAUAUUGGACGCUUAUGCAGGAAUUUGAGAACACUCUAUAUGGAAGAAAGCAUGUUAGUUGAGAAAGACAAGGAGUGGCUGCAUGAGCUUGCUUCAAACAAUUCAGUUCUUGAAAAUUUGAACUUUUACAUGACUGAACUAACGCAAGUCAAACCUGGAGAUAUUGAACUUAUAGCAAGCAGAUGCAAAUCUUUGGUAUCAGUGAAGAUUAGUGAUUGUGAUAUUUCUUACCUCGUUGGAUUUUUCCGAGCUGCAUCUUCAUUGGAAGAGUUUGGCGGCGGCUCUUUCAGUUUGCCUCUCCAACAAACUAAUGAAGGUGUUUUUAGUGAUCCAUUUGAACCGUAUGCUGGUGUUGCAUUCCCACCGAAACUGUGCGGCUUGGGUCUUACUUAUAUGGGAAAAGCAGAAAUGCCCGUCAUUUAUCCUGUUGCUUCAAAGCUUAAAAAAUUGGAUCUCCUUUAUUCUCUGCUUGGCACUGAAGACCACUGCGAGUUACUUAAAAGAUGUCCAAACUUGGAAUUUCUUGAGGCAAGAAAUGUUAUUGGAGACAGAGGACUAGAAGUUCUUGCUCAGUUUUGCAAGGGAAUAAAAAGACUUAGGAUAGAGCGAGGAGCUGACGAACAAGAGAUGGAAGAUGUAGAAGGCAUGGUCACACAGAGAGGAUUGAUCGCAUUAUCCCAAAACUGUCUCGAACUGGAAUACUUAGCUGUAUACGUCUCCGAUAUUACAAACUCAGCCUUGGAAUGCAUCGGCGCAUACUCGAAAAACUUAUCAGACUUUCGGCUGGUCUUACUCGACCGAGAGGAACGGAUUACAGAUUUGCCCCUCGACAACGGAGUUCGAUCUCUCUUAAAAGGCUGCGAUAAGCUUCGGAGGUUUGCUUUGUAUCUCCGCCCAGGGGGGCUAACAGAUGUGGGGCUGAGUUACAUAGGACAGUACAGCCCAAAAAUAAGAUGGAUGCUUCUUGGUUAUGUCGGUGAGUCCGAUAAAGGUAUAAUCGAGUUCUCAAAAGGGUGCCCUAGCCUCCAAAAGCUGGAAAUGAGGGGCUGUUGUUUCAGUGAGAGAGCUUUGGCUAUGGCUGUACUAGGGUUGACUUCUCUACGGUACUUGUGGGUGCAAGGAUAUAAUGCGUGUGGAGAUGGGCGAGAUCUUUUAACCAUGGUUAGGGCUAAUUGGAAUAUUGAGUUGAUACCUGCUAGACGACAUUUUGUUCAUGAUGAUGAGAGAGGAACCCUAGCAAUUGCUGAGGAUCAUGCUCAUAUACUCGCCUACUAUUCGCUUGCCGGUGAAAGAAAUGAUUUUCCCAAUUCUGUAAGGAUGUUCGAUCCUAGUGCUUUUAGGAAUACGUAGACUUGCAAAAAAGGGAUCUUUCAAGGUAAUAAUAUUCAUUAAUAGCUUUUUGGUUUUCGUUUCUAUCCCGAGAUUUUUCAUGUACGCUCGUUGGUUUUGUGGGUUAAUAAUGUUUCUUGGGACUGAAGUGUUUCGGGGAUUUCGUAUUGAACUUAAGUACGUAAUUCGGUGGAAUUUGGUCAUUUUAUUGUAGUGAAUAUGUUUUGUAAUAACCGAAAUUAUGGGCAAAUGUAAGUGAAUUUCAUUGCUGUAUAAUUCAGUUUACGUAUGUAUUAUUUUGCUGU